CACCCGAAAGAGUACAAACCCCGUUUGCUGAUUUUCUUGCGAUAGGCGAGGGCUCUACCUCUCAUCGCAGAUAUUUUAGCGACGACUUUGGUCUUCCACUAGUCUUUGCCACUAGUGCUGGCCUUCUCUUCCGCGCUCCUUCCUAAUUCCCCAUGAUUAAGACUGGUUCAUCUCCAAGAUUCCGCUCUCCUUGUGAACUUCUUUCCAUCGAUUCAACUGCGACCCCUCUCUGUCAUCAAGCAGCGAGAUGAAGAACAUGAAACCGCCACUUCUGCUAUUCAUAGUCGUCUCCGUCUCGCUGGAAGCGCUCACGGUCUCAGUCACCGGCAACAACGUUGGCGCUUACCUGCCGACCGAUGAGAUCGCCGUCGACUGUGGCUCCUCCAGCAACUCCACUGUGGACAAACGGACUUGGAUUGGAGAUGCCGAGGAAGGUUCGAGGUACUCUCCAAUUGAGAAAACUCGCUCCUCUAUCAUUGCAAGGGCAAACAGUUUAGAUCCCUCUGUCCUCCUGGUCCCAUACUACACUGCUCGCCUCUCCCGCUCCGAGUUCGCCUACACCUUCCACGUCACCACCGCAGGGCCCAAAUUCGUUCGCCUCCACUUCUUCCCUUCCGAUUACCUCAACUUCCGCAGCACGGAUUCUUUGUUCUCGGUCGAGGCCGCCGGCGUCACUCUGCUCCGCAACUUCAGCGCUUCCCUCUUGGCUGAUUAUACCACCCCGCGAGCCUCGAGCUUCUAUAAAGAGUUCUGCUUAACUGUUGGAGAGGACCAGCUAUUGAACAUAACGUUCACUCCCAGUCCUGGUAAUUCAGACGCUUAUGCUUUCGUGAAUGGAAUCGAAGUCGUUUCCAUGCCCUACAGUCUCUACUACAGCACGACCGUGUUCGGUACCACUGAUGCCCUCGCAAUGGUGAAGCGCUUGAACGUCGGAGGAAAUUCUAUUGAUUCAGCCGGUGACACGGGAAUGUACAGGACCUGGGACCCAGAUGACGACUAUGUGACUUCUUCGUACCUCGGAGUUUUGCCGGUUAACACGAGUAUCCAACUCAGUUACAGUGACCAAGUGCCAAAUUACACGGCUCCAGAUCCCGUGUACAAAACGGCAAGGACUAUGGGAACACUCAAAAGAAUCAAUCUGAGCUACAACCUCACGUGGUCCAUCGAGGUGGAUACAGAGUUCUACUACUUGGUCCGGUUACACUUUUGCGAGUUCCAGAUAGAGAUAAAUAACCCCACAGAUAGGGUUUUCGAGAUCUUCAUAGAUUCACAACUGGUCGAGGGUCGUGCGGAUAUCAUUAGUUGGAGCGGGAAGGGCGUGCCCGUCUAUAGAAGUUAUGCAGUAUACAUGCAUGGCGGCCAAAAGAAAAGAACCAACCUCUCGGUCGCGGUGGGCGCGCUUCCAGAUGGUUAUACUCUUUACUCUGAUGGCAUCUUGAAUGGCCUCGAGAUAUUCAAGAUCAUCAAUUCAGACAGGGAUUUCGCCGGGUUGAACCCAGAUCCAGUCCCAAAGCCGGUGCUUUCACCGGCAAGCAAAGCAUCGUGGAACCACAGCAAAACAGCAAAGAUCGCCACCAUUGCUGGCAUAGCUUCGGGCUCCGCCUUGCUCUCACUCCUGGCUUUCUUCCUUUACUGGCGACGAAACAGAGCAAAGGAUUCAACCUCAAGCGACGCAAACAAGUCGGCGAAGACCCAGAGGUCAUCCCUGCCGUCGUAUCUGUGCCCCAACUUCUCCCUGGCCGAGGUCAGACGGGCCACGAGCAACUUCGACAAGGCGUUCAUAAUCGGCGUUGGCGGGUUUGGCAAUGUGUACAAGGGCUAUGUCGACGGCGGGGCCACCCAAGUGGCAAUCAAGCGGCUGAACUCGGGGUCACAGCAGGGCCUCCACGAGUUCAUGACCGAGAUUCAGAUGCUCUCGCAGCUGCGGCACCUCCACCUGGUCUCCCUGAUCGGGUUCUGCCACGAUGCGGGAGAGAUGAUCCUCGUGUACGACUACAUGGCACGUGGGACCCUCCGCGACCACCUAUACAAUACCGACAAUCCCCCACUCCCCUGGAAGCAGAGACUCGAGAUCUGCACGGGCGCCGCGCGUGGGCUACACUACCUCCACAGCGGUGCCCAGCACACCAUCAUACAUCGCGACAUGAAGACGACCAACAUCCUGCUCGACGACAAGUGGGUUGCCAAGGUGUCCGACUUUGGGCUCUCGAAGGUCGGGCCCACGAGCGAGUCCAUGACGCACGUCAGCACGGUCGUGAAGGGCACCUUCGGGUACCUCGACCCCGAGUACUGCAGUUGCCAGCAGCUGACUGACAAAUCCGACGUGUAUUCCUUCGGCGUGGUGCUGUUCGAGGUGCUGUGUGCGAGGCCCGCCGUGAACCGGACGGCCCCGAAGAAUCAGAUCAGCCUGGCCGCCUGGGCCCAAAGCUGCUGCAAGAGCAGGACUGUCGAAAUGAUCGUGGACCCGCACCUGAAGGGGGCGAUCGCCCCCAAGUGCCUCAAUAAGUUCUGCGAGAUCGCCAUGAGCUGCUUGCAGGACGAGGGGGCCAACCGGCCAUCCAUGAACGACGUUGUGCGGGGCCUCGAGUUUGCACUGCAGCUACAGGUGAGCGCGGACCAGGAGGUGAUAGACCACGUGGGUAAGUCCGGGCACGAUGGCGAUGACGUGGCUCCGAUCAGUGGUGACAAACGCAAGCGAUGAGUUGUUCAGCAGUAAGGCAGCUGCAACAAGCCAACAACGACCAGUAGCGGUGGUGUUUAUGAUGAGGAUACGAUUAGUUAUGAUUCGGAGAAGUUGCUGUCCGGGGCUGUCUGCUGUGAGAUUAUGAAUCCCCAAGCUCAAUGGGAGAAGGGCAUUCCAGUUCAACUAUUCCUGCUUUUUUCUUGAAGUUGAUUAUGGCAAGGUUUUGCUGCGAAAUAUCGAGCAUGAAAUAGUGUCAUUCUAUUUUUGCUUUGGGACAAUAAUUGUAACUUACGAAAUGUCUCUACA